UUAGUUUACUUUGUCAAGAAGGAAAAAAGGGCAUUUACGAGUAGAGGCAUAGGAGGGGCAGCGUGAAGACCGAUCCGGUCAAUUUAUUCACUCUCAUCGAAAAACGAAAACCUUCCCAAUCUUCUUCUUCUUCUUCUUCAUCGGUUUCAAUUUCUUGAAAUUUCCAGUGGAACCCAAUUAAGAAUCAUCGAAGCCCAUCAAAACCCAAACUCAGAAAUGGCCGCUCCUACAUCGUCAUCGUCGGCCACAACCAACAUCAUGCUCGCAAUCUUCGAGAAGAAGACGACCCAAGUGGACCUUUACCAUCCUCUCCGCAACUACAUCGCCUACAAUUACUCCGAGCGCGAGGCCCACAACCUCGAAGACGAUCUCCAAACUCUCAGGCAGUACCGCUCCGACAUCGAACGCCAAUCUGACCCAUCACCCACAUCACGCCGAGACCUCUUUCAGAAUUACUAUAAAGCCCUUUGCCUCGUAGAGACCCGCUUCCCCAUAUCCCCUGACAAAGACCAUGUCAAUUCCAUCACUUUCGUCUGGCACGACGCUUUUAAGAGCAAACAGAAGGCGUCUCAGCAGAAUAUUCAUCUCGAGAAGGCUGCCGUUUUGUUCAAUUUAGGUGCCGUUUACAGCCAGAUUGGACUAUCGUACGACCGGACGACAGUUGACGGUCGCCGGCUGGCGUCACACGCGUUCAUCGCGGCGGCCGGAGCGUUCGCUUUCUUGAGGGAUAAUGCGGCGACGAAAGCCUCGAUUGGGAGCUCUACGACGGUGGACUUGUCGGUGGAGUGUGCGGGGAUGUUGGAAAGGUUGAUGCUGGCUCAGGCUCAGGAGUGUGUGUUUGAGAAUACCAUUGCUAAAGGAAGCACUCCCGGUGUCUGUGCUAAGAUCUCUAGGCAGGUUGGGCUGUAUUAUGAAGAAGCUUUUGCCGCCUUGAGUGCUGCGCCUCUGAACCAGCAUUUUGACAGGGGUUGGGUAUCGCAUGUGCAGCUAAAAGCAGCUCUAUUUUAUGCAGAAGCUUGUUAUAGAUGUAGUCUGGAGCUGCAUGAUAAAGAAGAGAUUGCUGAAGAAAUUGCUCGGCUGAAAAGUGGUAUUGGUGCUUUAUCUGAGGUGAAGAAAUCCUCGAAAGGGGCUGCUGUGCAGCUUCUGGAUGCAGUUAACAAGUUGGAUGCAAAUCUUAAUCGUAGCUUGGAGAGGGCAGUGAAGGAGAACGAUAGAGUUUACCUUAUGAGGGUUCCUUCUCCUAGUUCCUUACAGGCCCUUCCGGCAUUUUCCAUGGUGAAGCCAAUGGCCAUGAGUGAGGUGUUGGAUGCAAGCAAAUUAAGGAUGUUUGCCAGUCUUGUUCCAGAUAGUAGUGCAAAGGCUCUUUCAAGGUAUACUGAAAUGGUGGAUGAUAUUAUCAGAACACAGGCUGAGAAAUUGCAACAAGCUAGUGAGCUGACCAGAGUAAGGCUCAAGGAAAUGGAUCUUCCAGAUUCUAUUCUUUCUUUGGAAGGAAACUCUUCCCUUCCUACAGAUCUCAAAGAAGAUGUAGAGGCAGUGCAGAUAUGUGGAGGCCCUGCUGGUUUGGAAGCUGAGUUGCAACAGCUUGGGGAUUUGAGAAGGGUGAAUCAGGAACUGCUUGUUCAGAUCGAGGAACUUUUGCAGAAAGAGGCAAGAGAAGAUGCUCAAUUUAGAAGCCAAUUUGGAACACGGUGGACUAGGCCUCAGUCCAGCACUCUUACGAAGAACUUGCAGGAGAGGUUAAAUAGAUUUGCAGCUAAUCUAAAACAAGCUGGAGAAAGUGAUGCUCGGAUUGAGCGUUCAGUGAGGGAACAUUCAGCUCUCAUGUCAAUCCUUGAUAGGCGGCCGAUUGAAUCUGCACUCCCAACUCUUGCAAGGCCAAUAAUGUCUUUGGAUGCUAACGAGGAUGCUAUUCUGGGGGCUCUGAAGCAAAGCUUGAGGCAGCUGGAAACACUUGGUGCUGAACGAGCUGCUCUCGAAGACAUGCUUAAAGAGAUGAAAAGGAAGGAUGAUAUUUUACCAAAGUUGAUGACGUCGACUGGCUCCUAUGAGGAUCUUUUCAGGAAGGAGAUAUCAAAGUAUGACCAUAUAUGUGAAGAAAUUGGCCAAAAUAUUGAGGCACAAGAACAGUUGUUGCUGCAAAUUCAGGCACAAAAUGAUAAUUUCUCUGCCAUUUUUAAUCUUGAAGAUUACAAAGCAUCUCGCGAGAAAUCUUACAAGCAGAUUCAAGCUGCCAUAGCUAAAUUCCGAGAAAUUAAGGAUAACAUCAACGAGGGAUUAAAGUUUUAUGUUACUCUUCAGGAUGCAAUUACAAAUGUAAAGCAGCAAUGCAACGAUUUUGUGAUGACAAGAAACAUCCAAUGCCGCGAAAUGAUGGAAGAUGUGCAGAGACAAAUGGCAGGUCUCAGUUUCCAGGAUAAGACGACAAGUGCAUACAACUAUCCUCCGGUUAGCCAUCAAACUCAAAGAGCCAGUACGCAACAGCAGACUGAUCCUCGUCCCCAAACACCCUACUACCAGCCUCCCGAGCAGCCAGCAAUGGGCGGGUAUUCACACCCUCCUCCCCCUUAUAGUUCACCACAGCAGCCUCCACAUCCUUACCAUGUGCCACCUCCCUCGGGUGCACCAUACCCUCCUCAGGUGCAACAGCAACCUCCCACAAGCCAUGAGUACGGCCAACCUGCAUAUCCGGGUUGGCGGGGACCGUAUUACAAUGCCCAUGCACAACAAUCUGGUUCUUUACCUCGGCCUCCUUACACCGUUCCAGCUCCAUACCCCCCUCCUCACCAAAGCGGCUACUAUAAGCCCCAAUAGUGUAGCGGCCCAUGGUGUAGUUUGGUCAUAUAAGUUGAUUUGGUCGUGAUAUGUUUCAUUUCAUCGCAGCAAUGUAGUGAAAGAUUUUAUUACUCACUCUUGAGAUUGUAAAGUUUAAUUCAUUUAGAAUGUCUGGUCGAUCGGUGGUUUGCAUAAUUCUUAUUCAAGUAUUUUUCUAUGUAUAGCUAGUUGAUUUUAAAAUCUUGAAAGAUGUAACAAUUAAUAAUAAAUAGCAUCCUUUCUUUGGAUUUUAUUUUGAGAA